GGGCAGUUGGAGAGGAGGGCUCCAGGCAGGUGGGACAAAGAACUGAGGCAGUUGGAGAAGAGGGCUCCAGGCAGGUGGGACAAAGAACUGAGGCAGUUGGAGAAGAGGGCUCCAGGCAGGUGGGGCCAAGAACUGAAUCUGAGGUCCGUGGAAGAAGACUCAGGCACCUGGCACCAGGCACCACCCGCUGAGCCCCAUGACUUCGGAUUCUUCCUCCUCAUCCUCUCCUCCUCAGGACGCUAGCAUUUCCUGCCCAGGCCCAUAUCUUGGCAAUUCUGAUACUUCUGUGUCUGUAUACUGGCACUGAAUUAAGUGAAUGGCUGGUGAAUGCUGAGAGCCAGGUUUCUCACUUUUGGAGUGGGAGUUUACAGAGUGAAAGUGUCCCUAGGCCACCAUCAGGAUGGUGGGUGAAGGCCCCUACCUUAUCUCAGAUCUGGAUCGGCGAGGCCAGCGAAGAUCGUUUACAGAAAGAUAUGACCCCAGCCUAAAGACCAUGAUCCCGGUGAGACCCUGUGCAAGGCUGGCAUCCAACCCUGUGGAUGAUGCAGGGCUACUCUCCUUUGCUACGUUUUCCUGGCUCACACCAGUGAUGGUUAGGGGCUACAAGCACACACUGACUGUGGACACCCUGCCUCCGCUGUCACCAUAUGACUCAUCGGACACCAAUGCCAAAAGAUUUCGAAUCCUUUGGGAUGAAGAGGUAGAAAGUGUGGGUCCUGAGAAAGCCUCUCUGGGCCGAGUGGUCUGGAAAUUCCAGAGGACACGUGUUUUGAUGGAUAUUGUGGCCAACAUCCUGUGCAUUAUCAUGGCAGCCAUAGGGCCGACAGUUCUCAUUCACCAAAUCCUCCAACAGACCGAGAGCAUUUCUAGGAAUGUCUGGGUUGGCAUUGGUCUGUGCAUGGCCCUUUUUGCUACUGAGUUUACCAAAGUGCUCUUCUGGGCCCUUGCCUGGGCCAUAAAUUACCGCACAGCGAUCCGAUUGAAGGUGGCUGUCUCCACCCUGGUUUUUGAAAACCUGGUGUCCUUCAAGACACUAGCACACAUCUCUAUUGGUGAGGUGCUCAAUACAUUAUCAAGUGACAGUUAUUCCUUGUUUGAAGCUGCCUUGUUUUGUCCCUUGCCAGCCACCAUCCCUAUCUUAAUGGCUGUUUGUGCAGUAUAUGCCUUUUUCAUUCUGGGGCCCACAGCCCUCAUCGGGAUAUCUGUGUACAUCAUAUUCAUCCCCAUCCAGAUGUUUAUGGCUAAGCUCAAUUCAGCUUUCCGAAGAUCAGCAAUUUCAGUGACAGACAAGCGAGUUCAGACAAUGAAUGAAUUUCUGACCUGCAUCAAGCUGAUUAAAAUGUAUGCCUGGGAGAAAUCUUUUACCAAUACCAUUCAAGACUGUUUUCUAUUUACAGAUAUAAGGAAGAGGGAAAGGAAAUUACUGGAAAAAGCUGGAUUUUUCCAAAGUGGAAACUCGGCCCUGGCUCCCAUUGCAUCUACCAUAGCCAUUGUAUUGACAUUCACCUGCCACAUACUCCUGAGACGCAGGCUCACUGCCUCAGUGGCAUUUAGUGUGAUUGCCAUGUUUAAUGUAAUGAAGUUUUCAAUUGCAAUCUUGCCUUUCUCAGUCAAAGCAAUGGCUGAAGCCAAUGUCUCUCUGAGGAGAAUGCAGAAAAUUCUCAUAGAUAAAAGCGCCCCAUCUUACAUCAUCCAACCAGAAGACCCAGAUACUGUCUUACUUUUAGCAAAUGCCACCUUGACUUGGGAUCAAGAAACCAGCAGAAAAAGUGACCUAAAGAAAGUGGAGAACCAGAAAAAGCAUUUUCUCAAGAAACAGAGGCUAGAGGCAUACAGUUUGAGUUCAUCAGACCAGGGAGUUGCUGGCCCAGAGGAGCAAAGUGGUAGCCCCAAAUUGGUUCUGCACAAUAUAAGCUUUGUGGUAAGAAAGGGGAAGGUCUUAGGAAUAUGCGGGAACGUUGGAAGUGGAAAGAGUUCCCUCAUUGCAGCUCUCCUAGGACAGAUGCGGUUACAGCAAGGGAUUGUGGCCGUCAACGGGACUGUGGCCUAUGUUUCCCAGCAAGCAUGGAUCUUUCAUGGAAAUGUGAGAGAAAACAUAUUAUUUGGAGAAAAAUAUGAUCAUCAAAGGUAUCAGCACACUAUUCAAGUCUGUGCCCUCCAGGGGGAUCUGAACAGCCUUCCAUAUGGAGACCUGACUGAGAUUGGGGAGCGGGGCCUCAACCUCUCCGGGGGGCAGAGGCAGAGGAUCAGUCUGGCCCGUGCUGUCUACUCAAACCAUGAAAUCUACCUUCUGGAUGACCCCCUGUCAGCAGUGGAUGCCCACGUGGGAAAGCACGUUUUUGAAGAAUGCAUUAAGAAGACACUCAGGGGGAAGACCAUCGUCCUGGUGACCCAUCAGCUGCAGUUCCUGGAGUCGUGUGAUGAAGUCAUUUUGUUAGAAGAUGGAGAGAUUUGUGAAAAGGGAACCCACAAGGAGUUAAUGGAGGAGAGAGGGCGCUAUGCAAAACUGAUUCACAACCUCCGAGGGUUGCAAUUCAAGGAUCCAGAGCACAUUUACAAUGCAGCAAUGGUGGAAGCCCUGAAGGAGAGCCCCGCUGAGAGAGAUGAAGAUGCUGUUUUGGCUCCAGGAGAUGGAAAGGAUGAAGGAAAAGAACCUGAAACAGACUCAGAAUUUGUAGACAUAAAAGUUCCUCUGCACCAGCUUGUCCAGACUGAAUCCCCUCAGGAAGGAACCGUGACCUGGAAAACGUAUCACACGUACAUUAAGGCUUCUGGAGGGUACCUUCUCUCUCUCUUUGUGGUGUCAUUUUUCCUCCUGAUGAUCGGCAGCUCUGCCUUCAGCAAUUGGUGGCUGGGUCUCUGGCUAGACAAGAGCUCACAGAUGACCUGUGGGCCUCAGGGCAACAAGAGUGCAUGUGAGAUUGGCGCAGUGCUGGCAGACACCGGGCAGCAUGUGUACCAGUGGGUGUACGCAGGGAGCAUGCUGUCUGUGCUGACAUUUAGUGUCAUCAAAGGUUUCACCUUCACCAAGACCACAUUGAUGGCAUCCUCCUCCUUACAUGACCACGUGUUUGACAAGAUCCUAAGGAGCCCAAUGAGCUUCUUUGACAGGAUGCCCACUGGCAGACUAAUGAACCGUUUUUCCAAGGACAUGGACGAGCUGGAUGUGAGGCUGCCAUUUCACGCAGAGAACUUUCUGCAGCAAUUUUUUAUGGUGCUGUUUAUUCUUGUGAUAUUGGCUGCUGUGUUUCCUGCUGUCCUUUUAGUCCUGGCCGGCCUUGCUGUCGGCUUCUUCAUUCUUUUACGAUGUGCCAAAUUUUGGGCUGGACACCGAGGGUCUCAAAGAGGGUCCCCCAGUUGUAAAGGAUUCAGCCCCAAAUCUUGGACCUGCCUCCAUCUCAUUUUCCACAGAGGAGUCCAGGAGCUCAAGAAGGUAGAGAACAUCAGCCGGUCUCCCUGGUUCUCCCACAUCACUUCCUCCAUGCAGGGCCUGGGCAUCAUCCACGCCUAUGACAAGAAGGAGGACUGCAUUAGCAAGUUUAAGAUGCUAAAUGAUGAAAACUCCAGCCACCUCCUAUACUUUAACUGUGCUCUCAGGUGGUUUGCUCUAAGAAUGGAUGUCCUCAUGAACAUUGUCACCUUCAUUGUGGCCUUGUUGGUGACCCUGAGCUUCUCUUCAAUUAGCGCUUCAUCCAAAGGCUUGUCUUUGUCUUACAUCAUCCAGCUAAGUGGACUGCUCCAGGUGUGUGUGCGAACAGGGACAGAGACCCAGGCCAAAUUCACCUCAGUGGAGCUGCUCAGAGAGUAUAUUUUGACCUGUGUUCCUGAAUGCAGUCACCCCCUCAAAGUGGAGACUUGUCCCCAUGACUGGCCCAGCUGUGGGAAGAUAACAUUCAAAGACUAUCAGAUGAGAUACAGAGACAACACUCCCCUUGUCCUUGACGGGCUGAAUUUAGUCAUUCAAAGUGGGCAGACAGUUGGGAUCGUUGGAAGAACAGGUUCUGGAAAGUCAUCAUUGGGAAUGGCCUUAUUUCGUCUGGUGGAGCCAGCCGGCGGUACGAUCUUCAUUGAUGAUGUGGAUAUCUGCACUCUUGGUUUGGAAGACCUCAGAACCAAGCUGACUGUGAUCCCCCAGGAUCCUGUCCUGUUUGUAGGUACAGUAAGAUACAACCUGGAUCCCUUUGAGAGCCACUCAGAUGAGAUGCUCUGGCAGGUUCUGGAGAGGACAUUCAUGAGAGACACAAUAAUGAAACUCCCGGAAAAAUUACAGGCAGAAGUCACAGAAAAUGGAGAAAACUUCUCAGUAGGGGAACGUCAGCUGCUUUGUAUGGCCCGAGCGCUUCUCCGUAAUUCAAAAAUCAUUCUCCUUGAUGAAGCCACCGCCUCCAUGGACUCCAAGACCGAUACCCUCAUUCAGAGUACCAUCAAAGAUGCCUUCAAAGGCUGCACGGUAUUGACUAUUGCCCACCGCCUCAACACGGUUCUCAACUGCGACCUCGUCCUGGUCAUGGAAAAUGGGAAGGUGGUCGAGUUUGAUAAGCCUGAAGUCCUUGCUGAGAAGCCAGAUUCUGCAUUUGCAAUGUUACUAGCAGCAGAAAACAAAGUCCGACUGUAAAGAUCCCUGAGGGGGCCACAUCCACUGAUUUUAGAGGAGGAGAAGGAUGCUUCAGAUGAGUUGGAUGAGCCUGCCAGAGAAGGGCCUGCAAUUGCAGGCAGCCCUUCCACCCCUGACACAGAGGUUGCUUUCCAGCCUUGCCCAACCUAUGCCUCCAGACCUCACCUGGCAGGCUUGGGAUUGGUUCUGGGUGGUAAAUUGAGGCAGAAGAAGCUAAUGAAUUAAAAAACUGACCCUCACCUCCUAAAACCCUAAAGGCCCUAUCAAUGUGUCCCCAUCAAUACUACCGCAGUGCCUGAGAAUGGAAACAUUGUAAUUCUCAGUUACAUCUGAUCAAACAUAAUGUGAAAAUACCCAAGUAUGAAAUUUAUAAAAGGUUUCCUGCCUUGUUAUCAGAAGGGAAAAGAGCAGAAUUUCCUUCCUGUUGAGGUCCUAUUCACAUCUAUUUUGAGUGUGUGACAAGCAGUAACUACAUAGAUCUGUAGCAUGAAAGAUUGAUUACAGUGCUUGGUGAAAAAGUUUUUUUAAAAAAUCAUAUUAUAUGUUCCAUUUGAUAUAUUAGAAUAACAAGGACAACAAAAGGUUGGCAUUUCUCUAUAACUGACAUUUUUACAUCCUCUAUUUUGGUCAUUAAAAUGCAGUAGGAAAUUAAACUAUCCUGAAAUGUUGCCUUGCAAUUA